AGCAAAAAUGACGGAAUUCUCUGCAAAAUUACUGUGAAACAAAUCUAUAGGUACUGUUUUCUUUUGGAAAUUCAAUAUCACGAUUACACAAAGAUGGGCGCUGCUCAAUCAGUUCGUGCGACGGCCUUCCAGCGACCGAAAUCUACCUCCACAGAGUCGUUCAUUGAUGAUGAGCCUGACGAUCACCACAUCAGCAUUUCGAACAAAAUGGUGGAGAGAUUAGUGGAAGAUGCAACGCUGUCGGGCAGCACGACGGUGACGUCACAGCCCACACCGCGCGGCGACUUCAGAGACAAAAUAUACAUAGAGAAACUCAAGUGCAUGGAUGAGAGCCAUUCGGAGAUUACAGGAAUAACACUAGAAGAUUUAAACGCAAUAGCGAAUCGUAUAGACAUGCGCACUGCGAACAUGGUGAGCGUGGAGCCAGUGUGUGCGGAAUGUAAGCAGCGGGUUAUCGACUGUUAUAAUGAAAACAAGAACGGUGCCGAUGUGUUUAAGUGCUGGGAGACUGUGGGUGCAUUCACGAAAUGCGUGCAAGAAGCGGCGUCGUCGCGCCUCCGCGCGCGCACGGUGCGCGACGCCCGCGAGCGCGCGCGCCGGCACCGCCACAUCGCGCACGCUCGGGAACAUGCGCUUAGGGACCUCGCUUCUAACUGACACACCGCUACCAUACUAUUUGCUGCCUUAUUACUUUAUAUAGAUGUCAUCAAAUACGUCACAACUCCGUAGAAAGGACCAUUCGUCAAUUUCUAUCCAUUUUUAAUAUUGCUCAACAGCAUUUAAAGUUAAGUCACAUGAAAGCUCUUGGGGACCUAUAUUUUAUUCUAUGGCAGCGAAACUCGAAUCGAGAGCGAAUAGUGUCCGACCAUUGACAAAAUGUAUGACAUAGGUCUUAUGACUGUUAAGCAAUAUUGAAAAAUACGUACAGUGUUUAUACGAAAGUGACCAUGCUCCUUUCACAAAGAUUGUCACUAUAAAUAUAUAUCAACUUAUUCAGAUGGCUCACUACGAUCGAAAUUACUUUUUAAAAGCUUACUUUAGUUCAUAAUUAUAAUAGAAAACAGAUUUUGAGAUACAAAAGAACAUAUUUUUUUAACUGCAGAUGUGUCUAAGGUCCCUCUCCAUACAAAAAAAUCUUCUAUACAAAACAAAACUUGAAAUCGUAACUAAACCUCAAAAACAACAUACUACUAACUCCAUUUUAAACUUGUAUUAUAUAUUCUGUUCCAUCGAAUUAUAGAAAAACACCACAAAUAGUUCCGCAUAGACUUAUUCUAUCGAUAUAAAGAUGAACGAAAAUAUAAAGAAACUUCUGGUUUAAACAAGAUUCCUAGUAGGUGCAAGAUAUAUUUAAAUUAGAAGCUGAAUAAUAUCCAUUAAGUUUCGAUUCGAUAGGUACUGUUCUAUCAAUAUCGACUAAAUUGAAUAUAACAAGUUUUGCACUAUUUGUGGUAUUAACUCCUUUUCUUAUUUUUUAAGAAAUAAGUUAAAAAAUAUACAAAAUUAUGACCAAAAGAAAAUAAUACUCUAUAGUUAAUAUUUAAAUCUUUAUCUGUUUCUAACCAACAUUUUUUUUAUACUUUUGAUAUUCCAUAAUAAUUUACUGACGAACACGGAAUAAUAAAGAAAUGGAAUAGACUACAGUUUUUUUUUCUUUAUGUACCUAUUUGUGAUUCUAGCAAUGUAUUCUUUCAAUUUUUUUACUGAUCUGUGGUCACAGUAUUUCAUUUUUUUAAGUGUUUAGAAAUUACGUCCC